UGUAUUUCCACAGACGUACCACAAAUUGUCAUCAUCGAGCAACCCCAAGCGCGGUCCAUUCGUUUUCGCUAUGCUUGUGAAAAUCGGAAAGGCAGUUUCAGCCCGAUCUUGGGAGUGUCAUCUUCCGAAAACCAUCGAAGCUAUCCCACCGUUGAAAUCGUCGGUUUUCAGGGGCGUGCCAAGAUUGUGGUGCACUGCGUCACAGUUGACACACCUCCCACGCACCACCCACACAAACUGGUUGGACAUGGAGGGGACUACAAGGAUGGAGUAUGCGUGGCCUACAUUGGGCCGGAGACUGGCAUGCGGUUCUGCCUGAGCAACACCGGCAUCCAAUGCGUUCGGAAGCUACAAACUCGCGAAGAACUGCAGAAAAGGUUCCUAAACUAUUCGAAUCCUUACAUAGCGUUUCCCGAAGAUCCUGCUGCCAUCAACCUAAAUUCACUGAGCUUAUGUUUUCAAGCAUUCCUGGAAACUAAGCCGGAUCAAUUCAACUACCUUCUACCGCCGGCAAUAUCCAACGUGAUAUAUGACAAAAAAUCAAACCCAGAACUAAAAAUAUGCCACUUGAGUGACUCUGUGGCACCAGCUAACGGUGGCAAGAAGAUUAUCCUUCUUUGCGAAAAAGUCGACAAAAACGACAUCGCUAUACGGUUUUUCAAGGACAUACCGCCCUAUACAUUGUGGCAGGCGUUUGGAACAUUUUCGAUACAAGAUGUGCACAAACAGGUUGCCAUAGUAUUUCUAACACCCGCGUACUAUGAUUUGUUCAUAACGGCACCGGUACAGGUUCAGGUACAACUUCAACAACGUUCGAACGGAAUGAUUAGUGAACCGUUCGAAUUUUCGUUUCAUCCAGUUGAUAAUGCUACACCCGAAACAGGAGAAAGUUCACGUACAGCUAGUUAUAUGACACUUUCCGACAAUCUUUCACCGCAGUCGUCAAAACGGCUGCCGUCCUUUCAAUCUCUACAACAGCAACUACACUUCUCACAGUCAGAAAAUCGUUACAGCGACGCAAUGAAACCACUAAGCGUAACUCAAGACAGAAACCCUAAUGGAAACCAACAACGGAACGUUACAGAUUCGGACCCCUACAAGUUCACAAUUCCGAUGCAAAACUUUCGCAUCCAAUCACGAUCGAAUAGUCGUUCGGAACAUGAACAAGGCAGCAGCAGUGACGACACUUCAAACGGUGGCGACAGUGUCAACGCAGAACACAGUAGUGAUUGUGACAAGACCGAGCGUGAUAAUCUGGACUACUUUCCAAUAUUGACGAACCCACUAGAAUCUGCAGAAACAGGCAGUAACGUAUCGUUGGGCAAUGUUCUAUCACCAAGAGAUGAAACUUCAACCAGCGAAGAGGAACAGAUUGAAGAUUUUUCGGAUGUAGAACCGAUAUUAGCUCAGUUGUAAUGUGUUGCAACUGGGAUUCAAUCCAAACCUGAUUGAACAAACGCCUUAGUCAGUAAAUAGAUACGCACAGAAUUGGUUUGUUUUAUGUAUCAUACUCACUAUUUUAUAUUUCUAAACGGGACUCGUUUAACUAUGAACUUGAUUUUUCUAUUAUUCUUUGUACUUACGACUAUUGAUAUAUCUUUUAGUAGUUUUUAUCAUAAAUAUCUGUUUACAGUCAGUCUCAAACUAUGGUAGAUCCGA